AUGUUCGCUGCCACUUCAGAGGAAAGAUCCCAUGAUGCAACUUCUCAGACAUGUGGAAAAGAACAAAGUUUCAGGCCAAAUCCCAAGGUCAAGAAAAAGGCCCACUCUCCCACUGUCAACAUUUCCUCUGGGUAUCAAGUGACGUUACCCCCUCUGCACCCAGAGCCACGAUGCUUCUCAGCAGCCUCAAUGGGCAGGUCCCUAUUCAGUCGUGCCUCCAUCCGUCAAAGUCUUCAAUCUGACAGCCCUUUAUCAGUGGUGGAACUUCCUCGUCUUAUAGCCGAAGUUGGAGCGAAGAAGGCUAUUGCAUUAGGCACCGACAUCCCUGUCAAAACUGCACAGAGUUUCACAGAGAAAGAUGGAGUCACGACGAGUAAGAAUAAAAAGAUAACCGCUGAGAAAGAUGGGAAAGCGACUAAAGCAAAUAACCUUCCUCUUACUGGCGCAGAGGUUGUUCAAUUAUUUGUCAAGAAAAGAGACCUGGGAGAAUUGGAGCUUUAUUACCUGAAAGAGGUGGAGAGUGACUCUUACAGACCCUAUGACCUGCAGGUGGUCCAUUCAAGUGAGGCUGGUUCAGAGCAUUACAUCUUCUCCCCUAAUACCGUCCUACAUGUGACAGAGAGGGGUUAUGGCGGACUUGUCAGUCUGGCACGGUGGUACAGAGAGUCUGUGUUAUGGACAGCUUUGAAGGAAAUCACAUUUUUCAGGGAAUUCAAAAUGUGGAAAACUUUCACCUGGUGGCACAGAAAUGUACGCAAGAUCCUCUUUCAUCGCAAGCGUGACAAACUGCAGGGUACACUGCUCAUAGCUGUACCUCAGUUCAGAAAUGCCCUUAUUCUUUUCUCCAGAGUAAUUGAAGAACUGAAAGGGGCACACUUGCUGCCUCAGGAUGGGUCACAGACCUACACACUGCUGGAAUUCAAGGAUGUUCUGAUAACCAAUAAUGAUGAGUGUCUGCAGAUAUUGGAGAAGUUAUCACAGUAUCGCGCUGUCAUCCUGAACGCGGUGAAAGAGCACUGCUUUAAAGCCUACCAGGAGCUCCAGCUGCACGUUGAGUAUGCAAAAAAGCCAAAUAAAUGCUACGAACCCAUUCACCUCCAAAUGGUCCACCAACAGGAUCUGAAGAAAGAGUUGUCCCAGGCUGAAAGCACCUUGGGGAAAUUGGGCAACUUUGCUGCUCUCAUUAAUCAAAUGAUUGUGCAGAGUCUCAUCACGAUCAUCAGACAACAUGUAAUGGCUUUCCUCAACAAUGUCUUGAAGAGGGAGAAAUCUCUGCAGGGCUGUCUCUUCCAAACUGAACUGUGUUUCAGUGCCAGUGGUCAGCUGGCCCUAGAUCCACCGAUGCAUCAAUUUCAAGAAGCAGUGAAUGAAGCACUCCUGACUGUUGGCAACUCUAUUAUUCAGGUGAUUUAUACAUUUCCACAGUUCAACGAUGUCUUCAACUCUGGUUUGGCUCGGGACUCAAAGCCUGACUUCAGCUGUAUUGAACAUCCGACUGUUACAGGAGAAAAUAAGGACAAUGACGGGAUGCCUGUUCACAGAAAGUUUUGCUGCUGGCGGAUGCUCAGAGAACAGUCAGCUCACUCGCUGGUUCUGCCAAAACUGACCUUGAUCAUGGGGCAGGGCAACCGGAUGCAAGGCUGCUACUAUCCUCUCUCCAAAGAACAGCUGGUGUGGCACAUCAGCAUCAAUGAUGUUUCAAAGCAAGUUCAGAGAGAGCAGACUGAUAUCAUGCAGGAAGCUCAAUCAGAAAUCCAGCAGUUGAGUGAGAGGUACAGAUGGUUGGUGGAUAUCCAUUUGUUCAUUAGUCUCUGGAGUCGAGCCUCUUUGGAGUCCAUGAAGUCUGCUUUACUGUAUGAGGAGAAUAUUAAGAAGGUGCGCCUCUGGUGUGAAAGACUCCACACAGUUCCCUCAUCAGUGUCUACCUCCAACCAGCUAUUCAUCAUCCACUGCACGCAAGUAAUAGAAAAUCUAGGGCAGCAGUUGAGUUUUAUUGAAGAAGAAGUUCAAGAGCAUCUAGUUAAGCAGAUCAAACUGCACUCAGAGAAACUCGUAUCAGACUUGGAGAGGGCUACCGCUGAACUCAAGAAAGAGCCCCAAGACUUACAUGACCUCUCAACAUAUGCUCUUAUGCUGAGGGAGUCUGUUAAAAGCUUGCCUGACAUGGAGAAACGUUUGGAGUACAUUCACUCCCUCCAGGAUGUUUGCAUGAACUACAGGAUGAUGACUGAACAGGAGCAGAGUUUGGAGGAAAAGAUGCUGGGCUUGUGGGAUUGCCUUUUUCCCCUCAUGAAGCAAGCAGAUAGCAUUGUGUGCCACCGUCUUCCUUCAAUGGCUAGUGCAGUGGACACAAUGUUCUCAUUUUUGGUCCUUGACCUUAAAAAUAUGGUUUCUAACGGCAACUUUGGAGAGUUCCUUGAUCCAACCAAUAAUGCUGACGAAAUGGUCUCCAAACUGAACUACAUGUGUGCUCAUGUUCAUACUCUCAAAACAAAGUUGGAAAAGCUUAGUAUGAACAGUGAAAAUCUACAAGAAAACCCAAUGGAUUUGACUGUUCUAACAACAGAUGUUCACAAAAUUGAGUCCCGAAAGGAGCUGUGGGAGCUGAAAGCUCUAUACACAACAUGGAUAAAAGACUGGAAGAAGCUGCUGUUCACUGAGGUUGUGGUAUCUCAAGCUCAAGAAAAAAUUGCCAGGUGGCAGGAGCAAGCUGUAUCUCUAACAAGCACCAUACCUUCUCAUGAUGCAGUGCUGCAGGAGGCUUUAGGAAAUCUGGAGAGCUUAAUGCAUCAGCUUGUAGUCAUGGCCAAGCUGCAGAGCCCCACACUCAAACAUAAACACUGGAAAGCCAUUUUCCAAGGCAUGGACCUACUGUAUGUCGCAGAGAAGAAGGUGACUGUUGCUGAACUGAUGUCUCAACAGCUUGACGUUCAUCAUAAACUGAUUAACAAGAUAUGCAGGGAUGCACAAGCAGAGUGUGACAUGGAGCAGGGCUUCCAAAGGCUUCAACAGGGUUGGAAAGCCAGACUCUUCCAGCUGGAUAAAUUUAGAACUCCUGUGUGGCAGUAUUGUGAGAAACAACAUGGAUUAACACAAACGCCAACAGAUGACAAGGUUUUAAACUCCCAAACUGGCAGUCAAAACUCUUCUAAUGAUGUCAGAUUCAUUGUCAUUGGUAUGGAAAUCCACUUUAAUCAGACAGAAAAUGAUUUGAUGACUUUGUCCAUCAUGCUGAAGUCUCCACACAGCAUUGAGUUCAGGUCGCAGGUGGAAGAUUGGAUGCAGUUGCUAAAAGAACUGGAGAAGAUGCUUGAUUUAUUCGAAAAAUACCAGCAAAUAUGGGCCCUCCUGACCAAGGUGUUGAAUGAACCAUCCUUUAGUGUUCGGAGAGUGGACCUGCUGGAGCGUUUCCAACCAGUUGAUGAGACAUUUAAGAACAUUAUCCACUCUAUAGCAAAUGACCCUCAUGUCUUGAACCUUGUUCAUUCCAAGACUACAAAUGACAAAUUCCAUGGUAAUAGCCUUUGCCAGAUUCUCAUUGAUGGUCUUUCUACAAUGGAAGCUAUUUACAACCAGAUGGUGGAUCUCCGAGAUGCCCUCUCUGAACUGUUUCCAAGACUCUGGUUCUUGACUGACAGGGAAGUAAUAAAACUACUCUCGUUUCACCCAACGCCCUCCACACUGCUACCCUUUGUACGCAAAUUCUUUAAAGGGGUACGUUGGCUCGAGGUGGACUGUAAAAUGCCAUCUGAUACAAUCGAUUCAAAGAGUUGUGGGGCUACAUCUGUUAGCCACGGACAGAUGAAGGUGCUUGGGGUUUCUGGCAGCCUACAGGAGCAAAUUACCUUUCUUUCUCCUUUGGAGCCAAAUCUCAAUCCCUUGGUUUGGCUUUGUGCCUUUGAGAAACAAUUCAAGUUGACUAUGGCACAGCUCCUUAAAAAAUGUGCUGAUGUACACAACCAACUUGAUUCAUCAAAUCAAGACUUGGCAUGUGAUAAUAAAGUUGGAGACAUUCUGUUCCAUAUUGCUAAUAGGAGGAAAGAUGCGCAACCUGUGCUUGAUAUGCUGUCUGAAUAUCCUCUUCAGUGUGUGCUGGUGGCUGAGGAGGCAGUAUGGUUCAGUGUUGUUCGACAAGUUUUCAAUGAAUCAAGCCCGAUGAAGCUGAACAACGUAAAGGAAUAUAACUGUGCAAAACUGAAAAAGCUUGGCCAGUCCAUAAGGGGUAGAGUCACUGGGUCUAAAAGUGAAUCACUGGUUUCAAAGUACAUGAUGAUGUGCCUGCAUGCUUUAGUGCAACUGACAAUGAAUCAUGCACAGCAACUAUCUCGACUCAUGGAGGUGGAAUGUGAGCUGGAAUCAUCUUUUGAAUGGCUAAGUUUGAUGAAAUAUUGUAUAACCUCAGAUGAUCAGAGUGUCAGAAGCAAUGAUGAUUCAACAUGCUACGUGGAUGUUUUGGACCAUCGACUCCAGUAUGAUAAUGAAUAUUUUGGUCCGGAAGAUUGGGCGAUGGUGCAUUCUCCCUCCACAGAUCGGGCGAUAAUAGGGAUUCUCCUUGCUCUUACUAGCUACAGAUGUGGGUUUAUGAGUGGACCUUGCAUGUCUGGAAAGAAAAAGACUGUGGUCCACUUAGGGAAAGCAUUGGGGCGACAGAUUGUCAUUAUACACUGCUAUCCAAACUUGAGACCCAAUGUUGUUCAGCAGAUGGUGUUUGGUGCUCUCCAGACUGGAGCAUGGCUUCUGCUGGACUCUGUGGACUUACUAACGCAAGGGAUCCAGUCAUCACUGGGACAGUAUCUAGAAGACAUUUACCAAUCCUUCUCCGAGUUACUGAGAAAGAAGAAUCAAACUGUGAAGGAAGAGCUAAAGGAUGGGACUGCUGAUGGGAUCAAAGGUUGCAAAACCAUUGUGGAUCCAGAAUGCCAUAUGGUACUGGCAGGGAAAAGCCUUUCUGCUAGACUAAGCUAUGGAUGUGUUCUUAUCUCAUCAAAAGGGUACACAUCCGACGUUCCACAAAGUCUGCGAUAUGCAACCAGACCUGUUGCAUUAACCCAUCCAGAUUACAGGAUCAUUGCAGAAGUAAUGCUGACCUCCAUUGGUUUCUCAGAGGCAAUGCCUUUAAGUCACCGUCUAGUAUCCCUCAUCAGCUUGGCCAAGGAUUCCCUCUAUCUGCCUGAUUUCAUCACUGAACACCAAAGCGGCUGUCUUGUUGUCUUACAAAAGAUCAUCGCUGCCUCUGAAAUACACUUACAACAAAGUGUAAGGCAACGAGAAAUUUCAGAUAAGGCUAAAGAAUCGGCUGCAGAACAAACUGACCUUACGUCUCCACAGAAUGUGACUGCUGGACUUGUUGAGAAUGAUGGAGAGGAAGCUGAAAAGCCUUCGGUGUUGCGCAGUUCUCAUUUCCAAAUUGUACGGGGAUUAAUAGAGGAGACAGCUGUUGUCAAAGCAAUUCUUUCUGUGUUGAUACCUGUUAUUCAUGACCCCAAGAAAACCUCACAGUUCUACAUCAUUUUCAAGGACACAUUUCCUAUCGUAUGCCAGUUUCCUCUUUUUCAACAAUAUAUUGAUGAAGAAGAAAAGAACCGACUUAAAGAGGCAGUCACAGAAGAAUUAGAAAGAAAACAGUUUCAAUCUGACACAGAAAUAAUUGGCAGAGCUCUCACACUUUACCAGACCAUGAAAUUCUCUCAGGCUGUUAUGCUUGUAGGACACACAGGUAGUGGAAAAACAACCUGUUUUAGUGCUCUCGCUGGAGCACUCAGUAGUCUGGCUGCCAAGGCAGGAGAAUAUGUGUUAGAAAAUGACAGUAUGAUUGAAGAAAGUACACCACAGGCAGACCUAACCUGGAGCUAUGUUGACACUGUGAUCUUAUUUCCUAAUGCUAUGUCCCAUGAAGAGACAUUUGGAUAUUUCUGUGAAAAAACAGGAUGGCAAGAUGGAGCUGUUGCAAAGGUGUUGAGAGAUUCUGAACGACGUGAAUGCACAAGUUCUGAAACGUGCAUGAGUAAGAAAAGUGAUCAGACAGAAAUUGUAAAAUGGCUGGUAAUGGAUGGAGAGCCUAUGGGGCAACCUGGCUGGUUAGAUUACUUAACCACACUGUGCAAUCUUGAGGACCCAUAUCUAUACCUGUCAUCAGGUGAAACACUUAUGCCAUCCCAAUCACAUCUUAAACUACUUUUGGAAACCACUGACCUAAGUGAUGCAAGUCCCUCAGCAGUGACCCGUUGCAGCCUUGUUUAUUUCACAGGAACUGAUCUGUGGAAGGCUGUGUGGAAGACUGAAAUGGACAGUCUCCUAUGUGAACACAAACUGGAUCAAGGAACCUUGAAAAUGUGGAAUCUUUUGGCUGAAGAUCUUUUCUCCAGCACCCUGAGUUUGCUAAAGCACAAUGCAGUUCACAGUGAAGGGGCAGGGGCAUCUUGUAAAAGCUCAACAUAUGGACUGCAAGAAAUCAUGUCAUUCAGUCGGAUCCUACGUGCCCUCCUGCAACAUUUUGGAAAGGAAGUAGAGAAAUCUGAAGCAGCAACACAAAUUGACAAAAGAGAUAUACCUUUACAUAGAACUGACACAUCAAAUGCUGAAACGAAAGAAGGAAUAUUUCUGGUGGCUUAUAUUUGGGGGUUUGGUGGACAUCUACAUCCUCGCCACUGGCCACAAUUUGACGUUGUAGCCCGCCAGGUUCUGUUCAAUAGCCGGUACAAACUUGUGGUUCCAGAUGAAGAGACUGUGUUUGAACACUUUUUUGGCAUCAACAGUAAGAUAUUCCACAGAAAAACACUGUUGACAAAUUCCGUCACUCUCAAGUACAGGAAAUAUACCUAUCUCCUGAACUUCAUGUUGGAGGCAAACCAGCCAGUGUUGCUUGCAGGAGAGCCUGGUUCGGGAAAAACCACUCUGUGUAAGACUUUGCUGAGCUUUGACAAGCCACAUAUUAGCCUACCAGUCAGUCCACUCCUGAACUCCAGAGACCUGCGCGCUAUAUUGAAUAGCAUCAGUAACCAGAAGACCUGCAAAGAAACCAUGUGUUCCAUGACCAAACAGUCAGGCCUGCUUCUUUUUGUGGAUGAUUUGCAUGAAGCCCCAUGUGAUGCGUUUGGGAAGAUGUCAAGGGCUCUGGAGACGCUACGACAAAGUAUUUCAAAAGGAGGGAUUCUUACAUUUGAUACCAGCCACUUCAAGUUUUUGAGUCCUGGAACCAUCAGCUACAUGGCUACCUGUUGUGUCUCUGAAUUGGGCAAUCACCACAGUCACAUGAUUACUUCCCGGCUCUCACGCCUGUUCUCCAUUUUUGUGCUUCCAAACUUAACCAUAGACGGUAUAUUGUCUAUACAUUCUCCUCAGUUAAAACUCUGGCUCCAAAACAUGCCAUUUAUCCAGAGUGUUGCGGAUAUGGUAUGUUGUAUCAUCACUGCAACUAAGGAUUUGUAUCAUGCAGUUGGUGAGAAAUUCCAGGCCAACGUGCAGAGACCCUAUGUAAUGUUCUCCUAUCAUGACCUGCAAAAGAUAUUUCGGGGGAUGCGCCUGCAGCAGCCUAGCAUUCCUUUUACAGUGACAAUUCAGAAAAACAAAUAUGCACCGCCAAGUUUUCCUCCAGUCCAGACAGGGCCUGCAGCAGCAGUGCUGAACAUAGCACAUCUCUGGAUGCAUGAGUGCAUGCGUACUUUCAGUGAUAGGUUAUGUUCGGAGGAUGAAAGCAAAACUCUUCAGUCAAUCAUAGCCAAGGUAGCAUCAACACACUAUGGAAUUAGAUUGGUUGAUGAACCCACCGUCACAAGCCUUGCUGUUCAAAUACUACCCAUGGACACGGCAGGCCCCUGUAAGCCAGGCCUAAAACCCCACCCUCUGCAGCCCCAGAUUCUUCAGCAUAUGGAGGAUGUAAUGGCUGAACUCGUCUAUUGUCCUGAGCUCUCUGAGGCUUUGAAUCAGCAACACAACUUCAAAUGUAGCUCUUCCUAUCAGGAGCGAGACCUUGAUGUACUAGUGCAGCAGGUAUCUACAUUCAUGGACAGAAAAGAGGAAGACCAAGGACAGGAAGUUGAUAAUGCCUGCAACAUUACAUCCAAAUACAUCAUACACAGACAUAGGGUGUGUCAGCUGCUACAUAUCCUCAGGGCUUUGCUCAUUCCUGGAGGUCACAGUGUGCUAAUUGGCUCAGACAGAGGCACAGGCCGCAAAACCUCUGUGCGUUUAGCUGCUUAUAUUACAGGCUACCAGUUGAUGGAGAUACAUCCUGGUAAUGAGAGUAAUUUGCAUAACAUCCUAAGAGAGGCUGGGUAUCAAACUAGAGUGGAUGGCGUUAAUGUCAUUAUACUGGUCCAUGAGGAAAUUAGCCUGGCUGUCAGAGAAGAAAUACUAGUGUCAAUGGCCCACAGUACCUACCCGGGGCUCUACACAGAGGAGGAGCUGAUGAACCUUGUUUCCAGAGUGACUGCUGUGAAAAACUCAAAAAGAUACCUUAUGGACACUUGGACAUUUGAAAAGUACUUGAGCCAAAUGUACAGAAAUGUACAUGUGUUCCUGUUGAUGCCCUUCACCAUGCCAGACAGCAGCGAGAUACCUGCCAACAAUGGAACCACUCCAUGGAAUGUGCAAAUGACCAAGGCCCUGAAUCUUAGCUGCUGUGUGGAGGUGUACCAGCCUUGGUCUAAUCAAUCUUUGGUGGAAGUUGCUUCUCAAUGCCUAAAAACCAGUCCCCCAAAAGUGAUGAGAGAAGGCUCAGAGGCCAGUCUGUCUGUGGCUAUGGCAGGAAUUCAUCAAUCUGCAUGUCAGUAUGCUUCUGUCCUUCUAAGAGCUCAGCCUUUCAGCCCUCAGACAUAUAUGGAGUUUAUUGCCCACUUUGGUUACCUUUGCAACCACCUGCACAAGCAAUGGCAGGACCAAGCCAACAGAGUUACCGCUGUUAUGACUCAUUUGGAUGUCGUAAACAACACAGCUGUGAAUUACAAACAGAACUUAAUAAGACUGCAAGAGAAGGUCCAUGAGACACAGCAGCUUGAGAAAGCUAUCCGAAGAGAUGUAGAUGAUCAUAAGAGCCUGCUCGAGGAAGCCCAGCAAAGAUGUGUGGAAGAUGAGAAUGCACUUUGUGACUUAGAAGAUCAGAUCAGUCAAAUUCAGAAACAGAUUAAACCUGUAUUCCAGUCAGGCCUCAAGAUUGUCAAGUGUCUAAAUCCAUCUGACUUGGAGGAGGUGCGCCACUACAGAGAUCCACCGGAUGGAGUGGUGAAAGUUAUGGAUGCAAUUUGUUUGUUGUUUAAUCGUCCGCCAGGCUGGGAAAGUGCUAAACAGCUUCUUGGACAAUCCAACUUUUUUGAGGAGUUGGAAUUUUUUGACCGCUGCAGACUGACAAAUGAACAGCUGCAGCAGCUUGAGCAAAUAAUCCAAAGCCCCCUGUUUGUACCAGAAACUGUGCGAGAGGUGAGCAAGGCCUGCGAGUCCCUGUGCCGAUGGGUCCAAGCUGUGUAUGAGUGGAGCUGUAUCCAGUACCACCUGUUUGUGAAGCAGCAGUUGGAGGUGCUGGCUGGAAAGGCACGAGAUAAACUGCACCUGGCCAAGCGGCAGAAGGGAAAUGCAUAUCAUUAUCUAGAGGAAGUUAAGUUUGAGCUGCAGUGUGUACAAGAGGCCCUAGAGGAGCAAUGUCUGCAGCUGCACAGAGCUGAGAGCUUGGAAAGAGUAGCUGCUAAAGUUGCACGGCUGUUAGAGAGACAUGUCAAAUACUGGAGGGCAGCUGCUCAGGAAGUAGAGUUGAUGAAUCAAACCUUACCAGGAGAUGCUCUUAUCCUGGCUGGAAUCAUCUCAUAUUUAGGCCCCUUUUCACCUGACAUACGCACAGAACUGCUGAGUAAGUGGAGGGAGCUAUGUCAGACAGGAAGCAUCAACAUAAACCCCAAGGACCCCAGAGCCUCUCUGUUUACAUACUCUGACACAGCACCUCCUUACCCCACACUCGGUUUUCCUAUCCCUGUGUCUGAGAGGCUUCAGCUGCCUCUGGGUCAGGCAUUAUGUAUGAACAAGUGGCAGCUCCAGAAGACAACAUCUGCCAGAUUAGUGUCGAAGCUGCUGCUGUGGGGCUGCACGAGUACCUGGGUUCAGCGCUGGCCUCUACUGGCAGACACUCAGCAUCAUCUGGAGAUAAGCUGUCAAAACUGCCUCAUCACAGGAGAGAAUGCCAAACUCGAGAUGGAGUUAGAGUGCAGGAUGGUGGUUUGUGCUGAUGAUCCAAAGCUGCUGGACAAGCUGGACCAGGCUGCUGAGGAAGGUCUCAGAGUCCUAGUUACUCAUGUGGAACGUGCAAUCCCCAGCCCACAAUUUAUGGCCAGACUGGCGCGCCCUGCUGGAUGUCACCUUCCAGGAUUAAAGCCGCAUGUUCAGCAGACCCACCCCAACUUCUGCCUCUUCCUCAGCACUGAUCUACCUGUUCGACUGCUUAGCAGUGUGAUUCCUCCGUCCAUCUUGGCUCAAGUAUGUGUAGUUGACCUCUCUGUUGGCUCGGAAGAGAUCCAGGAGCUGAUGCUGACACAGCUGCUGCAGUCUGAGUGUAAAGACCUGCUGAUUCGACACCUGCAGCUCCAGAAUGACAAGCAGGUGCUGCAGAAGAAAAUGGUCGCAGAAGAGGAUGCUCUGAUGGACGACAUGCUGCAGUGUAACACCACAGUGCUGCAGGUAUCUGAUUUACUCCCUCGUGUGACGGUUUGUCAAGAAGCAAUGAAGACAAUACAGGCAGAGAUCCAGUGUCUAAGUGAGGAGCUCAAGUACCACGAGUCCCUGCUGGCUGCUCCUCGACAAUUAAUGAGGCUUGCUGCCGCCCUCUACCAGGCUUUGCAAGAGGUGUCUCGUCUUUCCCCUGCCUACUACUUUUCCUUAUCUGGCUUCAUCGCAGUGUUGCACAAGGCCGUCAUUGUGAAGGGGAGACCAUUUGUGUCACUCACCAUUGGGAAGGAGCCAAAGGCCAUAAUACCAGAGAUCAUGAACAGGAUGGUAGAACAACUGCUGGUCCAAUACAGACCUCGUCUCUUUAAGGAUCAUGUUGCUGUUCUGAAGAUGCUUGUCUCUGUGGCUCUGCUCCAGCACAACCAUCUCUGCUCUGAAGCUGAGAGGGCAAUGUUCUUCAAGGGCCUUAUAGACAUACAAAGUCCUGUUACUAAAGUGAAUCCUUGCUCCCCUCCUGUUACUGUAUCACAGUCCUGCGAUGCACUGCCCACCUGGAUAUCCCCUCAUAUCUACCCACAACUCCUCUGCUUAGAAAGGAUCCCAGCCUUCAGAGGGUUAACUGACUCUCUUGCCACUUCCCCCAUGCAAUGGCAGGAGUAUCUGCACUUCCCGUCCUCUAAUAUAGUAGGGACCGUUCCCUGUCGCUCUCACUCCCAUCUGUCCUUGCUACAGCGGGCUCUCCUGUGGAAGACCAUGAUCCCGAAUUGCCUGGAAGAUCUAGCUGAGGCCAUGGCUACCUAUCACCUCUGCCUGUCCGGACAGACCGCAGGGACUGAGGCGCCUCACACUGGGAACCCAGAGGCCCUCUUUAGAUUAUGUGACAAACAUGAGGGACCUAUCAUUCUUACAUUGGCCAGUCCAUGCAGACAUGAAUGGACAAGCGUUCAGCCUCUUCACUUAAUAAAACAAAUGGCUCACUGUGUAGCAGAAACAAAGGAGGUUCAGGUGAAAGUCAUAUCGUUUGGAGGUUUGUGUGACAAAGAGUUCAUCCUCUCGACUCUGAACAAAGCAGCUAAUAAUGGCCACUGGUUGGUUUUUAAUAACUGUCACCUGUUAGACCAGUGGGACGAUAAAGUACUGAUGCACCUCAAUCAGCUGAUCUCCUCUUUUAAAGCGAUGCCAUACAUAAAAAGCCAGAUACACCCAUGCUUCCGGCUGUGGUUUAUAACUGAAGAAAAUGCAUCCUCCUCUGUACCUGCGGCAGUUCGAAUGUGUGCCUUGCCUCUGGUCUGUGACUCUGCCUGGGAUGUGAAAGAGGAAUUGAGCUGCUCCUUGCGACAGGUGGUGACCACCGUACAGCGCCAAUCACUGUCAGGUGUCACAGCCGAUGACAUGGAGCUCCUUCUCCGCUCUGCAGUCUUCCAUACUGUCUUACUGCAGAGACAGACUUAUAAAUACCUGGGCAAGGGGAGAAUCCACUGCUGGAGCCAGGAAGACCUCCAGGCUUUGGUGGAUGCACACAUUUGCAUUGCCAGUCUCUGCCAUAACAAGACUAAGGCUUUGCAGUAUAUAGCAGUCAAUCUGGUGCAUGGCGGUCAUGUGUUGGAUUCUACAGAUUUGGAGGUGGUAGAGAGUGUUGCCAAGACCUGCCUCAGCACAGCAGCACCUCUUUCAGACAGUGGACCACACAUCCUUUCAAAUAUUAUCAGCAGCACUGGCCACUUCGAUAUGUCAGAACUGCUGCAGGUUUUAGAACAUGAUCCUUGGGAUUCGGCCAAUAUCAGUGACCGCCUUGUGUUGGGUUUCAGUGCUGAUGUGGCAGCUGAGAUGAAAAAGAUCAACAACCACAAUAUGAGCAUACUUCUGCAGGCCUCUCAGACUCUAGGAACGAGAUGUUUCAGCACUGACCUGAACCAGCCUGUCACACUACCAGCCUACAGCCACACUAGAGACCGGCUGCAGGCUCUGCAGAGUUACCUCAAGCACCAGAAUGACAGCAGAAUUACAAAUGCAGGAACUGCUCCUCACAAUCCCCUACGUGACUUCUUGCAGGCUGAAUGGGAUGAUCUCAUCGAUUUGGUGUCCUCACUUCUCUCACAGCUCCAACAGCCCGUUCAAAAUGGCACUUCAACCUUUGCUUCCCUCCUCAAGCUCCCUGACUUGUCUCGCUUGGAGAGGAGGGCAGAGUUACUCAGGGCUUAUCUCUGGCAAUACAACACUGCAGAUCCACCUGGUGCUUAUCGGCUGUCUGCUUUCAAAAAUGCCAAAGGUGUUCUGGUGGCAUUGAUGAGAGAGGCUGCUCAUGUAAAUCGCCAAUAUAUCAGUGAUAUAGCUCUGCAUUUUCAGGUUCUGAGUGAUUGUACAUACCCAGCCUCACUUCCCACAGAUUCUGUAUAUUUGUGUGGCCUGGAGCUAAAAGGGGCAUCAUGGGAUACACAGACAGAAGUCCUACAAGACACACACUCUCCUCAGCCUUACUCAUUACCUCUCGUUUGUGUCAAAGCUCAAGUGAAGAAGACAGAUAGCUCAAAUUUAAGGGACACCAGCAACGUCCAAGUCUCAGAUGCUUCUCCGUCAACUGCCCCUCAGUUACCAGUUUAUCACUGCCCACUUUAUCUUGAUGAAGAGGAGGAGACAGGAAUCUGGGGACUGACUGAAGCUAACGUUAUUACUACACUUCCCCUUCAUACCAAGUUAAAUCCAGUGUUGUGUAGUUUAAGGAGGGUGAGGCUAGUGAGCAGGCUCGGAGCGAACCAGCCUGCUACUAACUGCUGUGAUGCAUCUGGCAGAUGCUAAAAUACACUGAUGCAAUUAGACUCAUGUACAGAAUUAGCGACACUAGAAAUAUAAAACAAAGCUAUGAUUCUUUUUGUAUAAUACUGAUGCCACAUGAGUCAUGAUGUGUAUGUAUCCAUAUUUAGGACUAAUGUUCAUAUGAGUUAACUUAUGUGAUUUUGCAGUUACUGUAUAAUGCAUCUUUAUACGUUAUGUUUUGUAAUGUUUAUUUGUCAUUAAAGUUGUUGUACAGUG